UCCGAAUCUAUGAGUGGACUCUUGAUCUCAGAAUUUCACCCAUAAAAUCACAUCUAGUUACGCAGACGGACAAGUAUUCUAUCUUUCGCUGCCAUUACAAGUGGAACAACAGCGAUUUUUCUGAGGCAUGCAGUUGAAGUGAAUUAUUACCUAUUUCUUCUAUGGCAUCCCUCCGAAAGCUUUUGCUUUUAUGCGGCUUCGUCGCCAGUACAGUUGCAGUUCCUGUUUCUCAAAAAAGUCAGUGUGCAAGGUACUGUUCAGACGAAAGCGACUUUCAAUUAACGCCAGGUAGUACUUAUACAUAUGAUUAUGAAACGACAGCAGUAACCACCGUCCAAGGAGCUACUCAAGAUAAAACACAACUUCAGCUCACAGCUCAUGCAGACAUAGAAGUUUUAUCAAAAUGCGAACUCUCUCUAAGGUUAAGAGGUGUACAGCUUAAACUAUCUGAUCCAGAUAGCCCGGAUUAUUUAGUUUCUUUAAGAGGGAUUCGAGAAUUCGGACGGUCUCUUGAAAAACACAUUUUGAGGUUCUCCUUCCAAAAUGGUCAAGUUGAGCACGUCUGUCCACUAGAAAACGUACCAGCUUGGAUUACCAACAUACAAAAAGGUGUUUUGUCUGCAUUCCAAACAUACAUACUUAAACCAGAUUGGAACGCACUUAUACAUGAAACUGACAUUCUUGGAAAAUGUUCUGCGCAGUAUCAUUCUUUGGGAAGGAGUUGGCAAGGAAUGCACACGGUUCGCAAAACAAAAGAUCUUUCCUCGUGUACAGAAAGAGAAAAUGUCGAUACUUAUCUUCAAGGAACUCCAUAUGCCACAGACUUUCAAUCGAAGUCACUACCUGUGGUGAAGGGACAUCAAGAGUGUGAACAAGUAAUUGGCAAUGGCUUCUUACAGACCUCUAGCUGUAACGAGAAACUAGUUUUCAGACCUUUCUCUAGUAAGGGCAAUGGAGUUGUCACCACAGUAACUCAGAAACUUAUUUAUUCCGUCACAACAACCAGAUCAUUUACCGGAAAUGAUUACCGCCCAACAACAGAACCUCUGCUUUACCAACACAAGCAACCAGUUAUCGACGCUGCAAAAGUCAACCAAGACAGCGAAACAGCCUUAAAGGAACUUUGUGAUGCAUCCAAAGAAGAUAUCACAAUUUCAGUACCCAGGAAAUUUUCAGCUUUUGUCUACAAACUUAAAAAGUUAUCCCUUUCAGCUUUAAAGGCACUUCACCAGAAAACUGAAAAGAUUUGCCCAGAUAACAGUAAAGCAAGAAAAUUCUUCAUGGAUGCCAUCCCUCUAGUUAACUCUGUUGAUUCGGCACAUUUUAUUUAUGAAAUGAUUUCAAGUAAGCAAGUCUCUGAAUCUGAAAGCAAAGUUUGGCUCACGUCUCUGUCUUUCCUGAAUGAUGCGACUCCAGAAAUAAUUGCUACAUAUACGCCUCUUUUGGAUGGUAAAUUUGAUCAAGCUCUACUAGGAGUUUCGUCUUUCAUCCACAACUUCUGUUCUUCUAAAGAUUGUUCUACCAUCCCUCAAGUCAGAGCAGCUGUUAACAAACUGGUUGAAAAUCUAGGAGAAAACUGCUUCAGUGGUGACGAAAAAACAAUUAUUUUGUCGUUGAAAGCCAUUGGCAAUAUCGGACAUCUAUUUGGAAGAGAGAAUAUAUUGCAGGCUUGCUACAAAAAUCCUCAAAUCAGAACUGAAACUCGACUUGCUGCCAUUGAAGCUUUCCGAAGAGUUAAUUGUGAAGUAAACAGGGAGGAUUUAUUGAAAACUUACAGCAACUACAAUGAAGAUACCGAAAUUAGAAUUGCUGCAUAUCUUGCUGUGAUGAGGUGUCCAUCUACAAGCGUUAUUGAUGAUAUUAAAGGUGUUUUAAUGAAUGAAAAGAUCAAUCAUGUUGGGUCCUUUAUCUGGACUCAUUUGAAUGCCUUGGCUAAAAGCAAACACCCAGAAAGACAGGAUAUCCGCCAAAUCAUCUCCAAUUUAUACCUGAUGAAUAAAUUUGAAUCGGAUUCAAGGAAAUUUUCCACUGCUCAUGAAGCAACAUACUUUUUGGAAUCUAUUGACUCGGGGCUUCAUUUGGACAGUCACUUAAUCUACUCAACAGACUCAUAUUUACCUCGGUCAGCAAUGUUUAAUCUCACAGUCGAUGUUUUCGGAAAAACCUGCAACCUUUUGGAACUUGAUGGACGUUUAGAGGGUUUAGAACAUGUAGUGGAAAGUUUCUUUGGUCCAAGUGGAUAUUUCCCCCAGAAACAUGUUGCCAAGAUUCUUAGAGAGAAGCGAUCACUAAAUCAAAACAAACUCAACCAAAUUGAGAGUAAGUAUAACGAAAAUGCUCGUCCAGCUCAACAACCAUAUGGCUCAUUAGAUAUAAAAGUUUUUGGCACUUCGAUGUGGUACAACCAAUACAGACACGAUGACGAAGCAAGAACUGAAAUCAAUCUGCUUGAUAUUGUUUCGAACUUGGCUGAGGAGCACGAAAAAGAAUAUUCUCGAAGUUUCAUGUUCUUAGAUACCACCUUUACCAUUCCCAUGACCAGUGGAAUGCCCUUGAAGAUUGCAGUCAAUGGAACAGCAAGCGUUGGCCUUAAAGUUGGAGGAAAAUUCGAUGUUAAAUCUUUUAAACACGUUGAUGUUCUCGGUCACUUUGAACCCAGCGGUGCCGUUGAAAUUGCUAGCUUGUUGACAAUCGAUGCUGGAAAUAUUGCUCGAUCUGGAUUGCGUGUGGUAAGCUCAAUGCACUCAUCCAGUGUUCUCGAUGGUAAAGUUGAAGUGAAGAAUGGAGAAGUAGUGAAAGUUCAGCUCAACAUGCCAAGAGAGAGAAUAGACGUCUUCAACAUAGAGAGUAAAGUUUACUUAGUGCAUGGCAUGGAAGAAAGGGAGAAGACAGCUGAAAAAAAAUCUGGAACCCAGAUAGAAAGUUGUACUGGAAAAAGAUUCAGCGAAAUUUUUGGAGUCAAGUUCUGUUCUGAAAUUGAAAUACCACCCUAUCGGGCGAAUACACCUUUACAUCCACUCAACGGACCGGCUCGUUUCAAUCUCUUUAUAGAGAAAACAGAUCCCACUCUGAAAAGUUAUAAUUUUGAUGCUUCAUGGAAAACUGAACUGAAGAAUGGAGCUUUCAUUAAACAUGGAGUUUUAUCAUUCAAUACUCCCAAUUCUAGAAUUGAUAGAGCUGUUAAAAUGGAGAUGAAUCUCAAUCAAGAAGACUAUACAGCUUCCUUAAAGUUGCAAUCACCAAUGAAAAAAAUAGGUUUGAAUGGUAAACUAGUAAAUGAAAACUUCCAGAAAAAAUUGGACUUCAGUGUAGCGAUGGAUGAUAAGGAAUACUUCUCUCUACAAUCGGAUCUUCGAAUCGCAGAAGAAAAGAAUGGUGUGAGCUAUACACCUUUCUUUGAAAUGAAAAUUCCAUCUCAGAAACUGGUUUCUGUAACAGGAAACAUGCAAUUUAAAUAUGGACAGAAAUAUACAGCUCAGAUUCAAGUUGAAGAUUUGACAGCAAAACCAAUACUAGCCAAAGCUAACGUGGAAUUGGGCAAAAAAGACAGAUACGAUUUGGAAGUCAGUCUCAGCAGCUUCGCAUUAGAUGGAACAGUAAAAGGAUACGCUCAACUUGGAAAUAGCAUGUCAUCAAGAAUUACAGCUGAUUACAGAAUAAUGGAAAGCAAAAUGAAUAAAUUAAGCAUUGUGGGUAAAAUGAGGAACCUGUCAGCCAAUGCCCUGAUGAAGUAUCAGGGUCAGUUGAACAUCCAAGCUUCGGUUUUACCGGAAUGGAACACAGAACUUCAGUUUGAAAGUAUGAAAACUACGAGUCAUAUUGAAAACAGCCUUACCUUGUCUUUGGGCGAUGGAGCACGUAGUCGAAUCCAUACAAUCAAAAUGCAAGAGAUUCUCAGAUAUGAAGGCGAUCUCAGCAAUAAUAAGGUCGAUGCUUCUUUAAGCCUUUCAUACCCAGAAAAAAGAAUUAAUUACGGAAUUAGCAUGAACCAUGAGAAUUCUGCAAACGCCUUAAAGAACAGCCUGCAAUUACAAUACGACACGAAGAAAGCAAUUAAAACAGAAAUUAACUUGAAGAAGAACUUGGAUGGACCAUUGAAUCUAGCUGGGGAAAUUAAAAUGAAAUAUCCAGGACGUGAAACUGCUCUCCAGGCUGAACUUACAGAAUCUAGCUCAAACGAAUACAGGGGAACACUUUUCUGCCAAUGGCAAGAAGGAAAGCAAGUUGGAGCAGUUGUUCAAUACAAAAACAAGAGCUCUAAAGGACGUUUUAAACAUGAAGUCAGUGGUAAUCUCAAUCUUCCUAACUACCCUCAAAUCACGUAUUCUUCGGUAAUUGGACAAGAACAAAAUAAAUUUAAUGGAUUCUUAGAAGCUAAUAUUGGCACCAAUAAAUAUAGUUUGAAAUCUGAUUUGUUUGUUGGAAAUGGUUUGAAUCAACGCUUAGCGAGUCAAGUGAUUGUUAAAAAUGAAAUUUACACUCUUGAUGCUACCGUUAGUCACUUAAAAAGUAAACUUAAUGGAAAUAUUGAACUUAAAAUGCCUAAUCGCCACAGGGUUUACGCUAAGCUUGAAGGGAAAAUUGCAGAUUCAUUGAAGUUUGGUUCUUUCGAAACCUAUUGGGACGCUGAUAGAGACACAUCUAAACGUUUUGUAUUUAAUGGCGAACUCCGUGACCAAAACGAAGGUUAUGAAGGCAAAUUUAACAUGCAAGUACUUCGUAGAUCAAUUAAGGGAUUUUUCAAUACUGGCCUACAAGGCACUUUAUUCAGCUCAAAAUGGAAAUCGAACAAUAAGUUCUCUGUAGAAUGGUCAACAAGAGAUAAAAUCGCUGUUACACUUUCCACAAAUGUUUUGCUAGAUAGAUCUAGGCAACAAAUAAAUAACCAUAUGGAACUAAUUACUCCAUUCAAUGGAUAUGAAAAUCUGACACUUAGCGUAACUCAUUUAUAUGCAAAUCAACAGUGGGACAGUGAAAUUGCGACAUUGGUCCCAUAUGGAAAUGACCUCUCAUUAUCAUCAUCUGGAAAAUAUACGUUUACUAGAGGAAUAUCUACAGUUGAGGCACUGGGUAAAAUCCAAACAUCUUAUUCUGGCUACGAAGAAAUGUACGUCACUGUUUCGCACAACCAAAACAUGAAUGAACUGAAAAACAAAGCCGAAGUGAAAUGGAGCACUGACAAGAGAAUUCAGUUACAACUUACUGGAGCCAAACAAUCCUCAAUGUUUAAAGGAACAGCUUUAUUGAGUUCUCCAUUUUCUAAUUUUAAGGAAAUGUCUGCAGAAGUAACCAACAUCUAUACUAGUAACAACUAUCGCACAAAAGCUGAGUUUAAAUGGGCCCCGACAAAAAAAGUCAGCAUUAAUUUUGAUGGAAGUCACGAGUUGAACGGUCGUAGACGUAUUUGUACUGUAAACAUGGAAUGUUCUACACCAGUUAGAGGAUAUGAGAAUACUGCUAUGAAAAUAACAUACAGCAACGAUGGUGUAACCGUCAAUACUGAUACAGAAACUAGCUGGAAUAAAAACAAAGUUUCCACAUCUUUAAGUGUGACCCUAAGAAAUCAAAGAUAUGAGAAAAACAUAGAAGGGAAGUUCCUCCUCACAAGCCCAUUCCGCAACUACGAAAAUGUUCAAAUAACAUCUUCUUUAGACACGAACAGAAAUUCCUAUAAAUUCAAUAUUGAUGGUCAAUUACCCCAUCGAUCAACUGCUUCUUUCAAUUCCCAAGGAAAAAUGACAAGUUUGAAUGAUUUAGAAAUCAAUGCAGUAGCCAUUGGCCAGUUCCCUAAAAUAAUGAAUAAUCAGCGCAUUUCUUUUGAUCUAGUUCAUAAACUUCAAAAUUCAAAAUUAAGAAGCACACUUGACACUUCUAUCAAUAACGACAGACUGACUGUUCUUCUAAUAGGUCUGUCAGAAGCAAACUAUAAUUCAAGAAAUAUGGAAUUUUCAGCCACUUUAAACACGCCUUUUGUAAAUUUCGAAGAAAUGAAAGCAGAUUUUACACAUAACCAAAGAGGCCAAGAAUAUUUCACCAAACUUCAAAUGAACAAAAAUAGCCUCAGCGGCUCACUGUCUCAUAAACUAGUCUUGAGGGACAUCUGGAAUUUCGACUCAGCCCUAGAAGCAACUUCUUCCAUAACUGGCUUAAACGGAAAGUUUUCAGUAGUACACGCCAGCAACGGACGACAAUUAGAACAUAAUAGCUUUAUUUUAUGGGAUAAUGAUAAAAAGAUUCAACUAAAUGCUCAAUACAUCGAUAAGACAUUCCUGAAAGAGAUUGUAAUAAAAUUCACGACUCCAUUCAGAAAACUCCGAGAUCUGGAAUUGAAAUCGACCUAUGAAAAACAAGAAUGGGAUCACAAAGGAGUGUUUUCUGCUGUCUGGGACAGACGAAACAAAAUGACUUUGAGUGGUAAUCUGAAUAACUUCCGUUGGGAAAGUGUUAAUGCCCAAGUCGAAUUUUUAAGUUCUUUUAAAGGCUUUGAAUUUUACUCUACAGCAGUAAAAUACGAUUUCACUGCUCCACAAAAAGAAAUCGAAGCAUCAGUGCAAUGGGGUAACAACAAUAGAAAAUCAAUAGUUUUUAACGGCAAUUUCUUGAAUUCUUACAGAUUGAUAAGUUCGACAAUGACUCUAACAACACCUUUUGCUGAUUAUGAAAAGAUUUCCUUCACCAAAGAAUACAGUUUUAAUAACGUUGAAAGGAACUUAAAUGUUUUAUAUGAGAGGGGUUGGAGGAAAGUUGUUUUAAAAGGAAAAACAAUUUUUAGAACAACGUCUGCUGAGCUUAGCUUUGAAUUAGACUCACCCUACGAGCCUGUUAAAGAUAUCAGUGCUUCAGCAAAAUACUAUUCUCUAAGCAAAGGCAAAAAGGCAGAAUUAGCACUUCAGCUGGGUCGUAAUAACAACUAUGAAACAAUGCUACAAUACGAACUUCAGGGAAAAUCUAUAAGCGGCAGGAUGACAGUAAAAACACCUUUUGAAAAUUAUGAGAAUGUUAAUGCUAUGGUUUCUGGAAGUUACGCUGACAAUAAGGCAAGAUCUGAACUCAAUUUCGCUUGGGGUAAUAAUCAAAAAGUUGGAGCUAAAUGCAACAUGCGCUUUGCUCGAGAAGACGGCUAUUUAGUUCUGACAGUUGAAAGCCCAAUCAAAAAUUACGAAACAGUAACAUUCAACAGCAGAUACGAAAACAAAAGAGAUAGUGCUGUAGCUGAAGUUAAAGUUGAAACAAACGGUGAACAAGCUUAUUUCGGUAAAGUCGAUGCAAAAUAUGGCGGUGAGCACUCAGCUAAAAUUCAAUUAAACUUUAAUUCUCCACAUUCACCUUUCAAAAAUGUACAAUGGAUUGCAACCAUCGAUUCAAAUCCCGAUUUGUACCAAUUCCUUUCAACUCUGAAAUGGGAAGAAAAGGAAGCAGAUGUUCAACUUCUUCUGAACAAGAGACUUGGCCAAUUUUAUGAAGCUAAAAUGAAACUCAAUACUCCCUUCGAAGGUUAUAGAACACUUAGUUUUGAUAGUUCUCUGAGAAGUGAUAAAAACCAAUUCAUGGAUGGUCGUUUGAUUGUGGUGACUCCAUUUAAAAUACUUCGAAAUCUGGAUGUAUAUGCCGAAUACAAAAAUGAUGAUUCUGGCUAUUUUGCAGUCUUGAAAGUUGACACACCUGUUACUCUUAAAGUGGAAGGUAAGAUGACAAACAGCCAGUUCAAACCAUUGUUGGCUUCAUUGAAUAUUGAAGCACCUUUCAUGUCAUUCAAAAAUAUUGAAUCGUCUGCGGAGAUUAAUUUCAAUGAUUUAAGCAACAUGCAAAUUGCACUUUCAGGGAAAUCUUUAAAUUCUGUUCAUGAAAUAGUCAUCACCUCCAUGAAAGAAAAUGGAUUGCUAAAUUUCGAAGCAAAAGCUGAAUCCUCCUUCUUACCAUCAAAAACUGCUCUUCUUUCAAUCAAAUUUAAUGAUGACGAUGCAUCUAAAAUUUCAGGUGAACUUUCAAUAGAUGCAUUAGGAAAAGCCCAUUAUCUAUCUGGACAAUUCAAAUCGAGUAGAACUUAUGAAGUAUUAGUUGAGGCAGAUAGCUACCUUCUACCAGAAGGAAAAGCUCAGUUGAAAGGACUGCUCAACAGACGUCGUAAUGACAGAAAUAUAGAUGCUUCAGUCAGUUUGACAUUGCCAAGCGGCUCUCACACGCUCUCUUCUAAAUAUGAAAACAAAGGAAACCAAUUAACAGCCAGUUUUAAAGUUAACAGUGACAUUUUCACAAUGGAAAGCGAAGCUAAAUACAUUAACAAUAAUGGCAGAGACGUUGAGGGGCGAUUGACGAUCUCAGUCUACGACGUGGAUCACGUGUUUGUGGCCAAUUUGAGAAACUAUGAGGAAGAGAAAUACAUUCAAGUGAAAGCAGAUUGCCCAGCUGCUGAUUUCCUGAAUUCUUUAAUUAUUACUGGAACUUUAAAGCAAGGGGAUUCGUCUGAUGUAAGCCUAUCUGUCUCUACUCUGAAUAAAGAAGUCAGGAUAGCAGGAAAUAUGAAAAGAAUCGGGUGGGAAAAUAUUGAAGGUUUCCUUACAAUCAACACACCUUUUGAAGGAUUUACAAUGUUUCGAUUAGAUGGACGAUUGCAGAAUGAUAGAUUUGAAAACAUUGACUGUAGCUUUCAAAUGGAAAGCUCAAACAGAAUUGUGCCAUCAUUAGGAAUCACAUCAAAGUACAUAAGUACAAGAGGUUCGGAAGAAAUGUCCGUCAUGCUCAAACUUCCCAUUCGAAACUAUCAAAAUAUUCAACUCUUAGGUAAUGUCCACUACAAUCCAGAUUACUCAAGCUCAGAUUCAAGGCUCACACUUUCUAUACCCAGACAUAAAUUCUCAAUAUACAGUCAGUAUGGUAUUGGAAGAUCAAGAAUAUCUGGAAGAGGGGAAAUCGAAAUGGACAACACAAAGUGGACAGCUUCCGGUCGAUUGGAACAUUCGGACUCUAAAAAAGAUGUUGUCCUGACUGUUGUGACACCAAGAUCGGAUUCGUAUACCUUUGGGGGUGCAUACGGAAGCUCGGACAAUCAGAAACAGAUAUCGGUCAUUUACAGCAGCCCCAGAAAUCAAAGAUACAACUUGAAUACUUCCAUCGCGUAUGAAAGUCUUUACAAUUUCAAAGUUGAAUUUCAAGCAGAAACUCCUUACUACAGUUAUCGUAAUAUUCAAGGAAUCAUCAGCCACCAGACUAAUUCACAAGGCGUACUUAUCCUAUCGCAGUAUGUAACAGACGAUUACAAAGAUUUCUUCAAAGUGCACCAUCGAUACCAAAGAGAUGGAGUUAGAGGUGUCAUUCAACUGUCCAUUCCUCGUACCAAUUUACAAGACGUCAAAAUAUCAUACGGUAGAGUUAAGAAGUACACCAACACUGAGGACACUUUAGAAGUUGAUUACAACAGAGCUAAGCAGAUGAAAAUGGAAGUUAUUCUUUUUGGUGCCAAAUCCUCACAUUUUGUGCUAGACAUUAAGCCAUUCGAUCUGACCAUAUCAGCUGACAGAAAACAAAUCAUCAACGGCCAAGAAAUUGUUUUCAAAUCCUCUCGUUUGGCUAGGGUAGUUUCUUUCCGAACAUCUCACCAACGAGACAACAGGCAAUUCCUGCAUGAUGCCGCAUUCAGCUGGGAUGAGAAAUCUGACAAACGAAUUUCGUAUGACUUUAGAUUGGCUGAUACAGAUACAGGAAAAGAACUGUGGAGCAGACUGGAUACUCCUGUAAGAUCUCUCAUGCUGAAAGGAAAUUUCACUCAAACUUCUCGAGCAAAAUCUGGAGGAGUGGACUUCUAUUGGGAUGCUGCUCGCUCAUUAGAAAAACACAUGGGUGUAGGACUUAUGCAUACCGACCUCAGUUCAAGCAAACAAACAUCUCACCGAGUUCAAAUUGUUGUGGACCAUCCUAAACUUAAUAAGGAUAUAGUGCAGACAAACGUCGUAACAAUGGGUCCAGGAGAAUUCUAUGUCAAGAGCGAACUCGAUUAUUCCCGUGAACGACAUCACAACUUGUUGCUCGAACUUAGAGCAAAUGAUCUUUCUAAAAACAGCCGAGACAGUCAUUACAAAGCAGAGUUUAAUCUUAAACAUCCAAUGAGCAGAACAGACAUUCGUUCAUCAGCUGAAGUGAUGGACAGCAAAUUGGAGUCAUCCGCAAACCUCAUAAUGUACACUUUAGACACAAAAUUGGCCCAAACUGUUAGAGAAGUUAGAGCAAAAAUUAUGAAACUAAGACAAGAAAUAGAUCUGACGAUGAUAUCCAAUUCAGACAAGACAAGCAUUUCAGGUAAAAUGACUGGAAGAAAUGGAGAUUUGGAUAUGAUGUUGGAAAGAAUGAGGAAUGACGUUAAGGAUUUAGCAGCAAAUGUCAAAUACAGCAGACGAAACAACGCUAUGGAUUUAAGUGUUAUGAACAAUGAAAACACUGGAUUACAGAUGUCUGCCUCAUUCCCUGGCGAAUCAGUUAAUCUCAAAAUUUCCCAUAGUAAGAACGGAAAUGUAAUAACCGAUGCCGAUAUGUACAUUGGUCUGGAACAAUCAAAAAUUCUCAAAUCGAGGGCUAUCUGGAGACCAAGGCUCAUGAGAGAAUUAAGAAUUGCUACUGGAGAAACUAUUCGAGCAGUAGGAAGGUCAAGCAGUGAACGAUACAAUUCUUUGAGUUCUACACUCAACGAAGAGUGGUCAGCAAGAGCUAACCUUAUCUCCCGAUCAGUGUCUGAACUUAUGUCCCCAUUCCUCAAUGACUUGAAGAAUGGUCUGAAAGAAAUUGAAAAUGACUUUAAAAUCACCAAUAAUGCUUUCUGGACAAUGUACAACAGAAAUGAAUUUUGCAUGAAAGACAUAGUUGUUGGUUAUCAGAACUUGGAGAAAUUUAUGACGGAAUUGAUGGGUGGACUUGCUUUAGGCUGCGAAACUAUGUAUUACAUGGCAGUAGAACAACUUGAAGAGAUCUAUUACACUAUCCAAUAUUCAUUAAUGGACUUGAAUGAAUAUAUGAGUGAAGUGUUCACUAGAAUGCAUAGAUCUGCAUGCAAUGCCAUGAAGUCCCUGAAGCACUGCGCUAGAGAAUGCACUAAAAACGCUUUGAGAAGAAUCGGUGAAUGGAUGCAAGUAACUAACCGCAAAUUCAAAGUCCUGUGUGAUAAAAUGUACUUAAGAGUCGACAAAUGGAUACGGUCGUAUGCACCUUGCAUUAUUGAUGGAUACUACUACACAAAACAAGCUGCUGAUAAAAUACGUUACACUGUCAACGGAAUAGCUUCUGCAGCUACGAAUUGUAUUGUGUCCAACAGAUUCUACCGUGCAGUGAUGAGCUAUUCUAACAGUGUUAUGACAACCAUCCAGGCCUUCCAAGACUUCAACUACGCAGAGUCAGCUCAAGCUUUCAUUGACAGAUACUAUGACAUGCAAUUGAUGGACACAAUCAUCAACCAUCCUACAGUAGAAUACAUGUCUGGAGUUGCUAAUUCCGCUUUACGAAGAAGCGUUGAAGUGUACCACAAUCUGGGAUUGGAUUAUGCCGUCUCCGCCUUGGCUGAAACAACUGCUGAUUAUUUGAAAUCCGUUGCUAUGAACUCUGCUCAUGAAUUUUUGGCUGACUUUUAUAGAUCUCAUGCUGGCGCCAAAUAUACUUUCACUCCAGAAAGAGGAUUCAUCUCCCUAGAAUUCACACUACCAGGACCUCGAAGCAGUUUGAUUGAAGUAUUCGAUUUUAAAACUUACCCAGAAUAUCAAAAAAUGAUUAACUUGAACACAGUACUGGCUGAACAUUAUGAAGACUUCUGCAUCUGGGAUUAUUAUUAUAAAUUUACGAAAUACUUCACACCAAGCUUUUGGCUGCCUGCUUUUAGAGCACAUGCUCUUAUCUCUGGUAACCAACACUUCAUUACAUUCGACAAAAAGUCUUACGACUUUGCCGGAAAAUGCAGCUACCUUCUUGCUCGAGACUUCGUCGACGGAAAUUUCACUGCUGUCGUCAACUACGGAACAUCAGACCACAUGAGGCGAUCUCUCACCAUUUUGGCUGACGGAAGAAAAAUCGACAUCGGCAAUGACUACAAAGUCACCCUUGAUGACGUCAAAGCAGAGUGUCCCAUCCAGGUUGGACACACUGUAGUAAUGAGGGAGGGACCUAAUGUCAGAGUUGAUAAUGAAAAGAAGGGUUUUUCGAUCGUUUGCAAUUUUGUACGCAACUACUGCAGCGUCUCGGUAUCUGGCUUCUAUUUUGGAAAAACGGCAGGACUUUUUGGAACAUUCAACUACGAGCCUCAACUUGACUGGAUGACUCCUGGACGACAUUUCGUAGAUGACGUUGAAACUUUCGCCAACACUUGGGAAGUUGGACAAGGAGCUUGCAAGUCAACAGAAAAUUUCGCAACACUACCGACUAACGACUACAGAGUUCAAGAAAAAUGCAAAGCACUAUUCCAGAAAUCGACAUCAGAAUUUAGAGCAUGCUUUAAACAGGUUGAACCUGAACCAUACAUGAAAAUGUGCAUUACUGAUUUGGCUGCAGUUGCAGACACAGAACAGGAUGAUGUUAUUUGUGAAACAGCAGCAGCUUAUUUUGCCGAGUGUAAAUCUGAAGGAGUAUUGCUUAAGAUGCCAAAACAUUGUGUAUGGUGUGAGAAACAGGAUGGAGGCUUCAUGAACGAAGGAGACGCUAUUCAAUACCCAAGAGACGGAUCUGUUACAGCUGCUGAUGUAGUUUUCUUGAUUGAAGAAAAGGAAUGCAACAAGGAGAGGGUAAAAUACAUUUCAAAAUUGGCUCAAGGAAUUGAAAACAGCUACAAACAAAAGGGAUACAAAGACAUUCGAUUCAGAGUUGUUGGUUUUGGUGGUGAUAAGAUUCACUCUGAGCCACAUGUCCACACAAUGGAUGGCAUGGAAUCAGGUCCUCUUAGAUCUCUGGAUUCAGCUUUGAAUAGCUUGGAGUUUGGUGACGGUCCAAUCAACAUGUUGCAGGCAAUGAGGUAUGCCGCCUCUUUGAGUUACAGGACCGGAUCGACAAAGAGUUUCAUUUUGGUGAAAUGCUCACUGUGCAAAUCUGAAGAAGUAAAAGCUGAGUACGGUGAGAUGCUUAGAACACUUUUGGAUAGUGAUAUUACUCUGCACUUGUUGAUGGAACAAAGAUAUGAAAUGAAGAGCCCAACCAAGAGCUCGAAGGCUAAGAGAGUUAUUGGUGUUGACAGCAAAUUCGCAUACACAUUGAGAGAAGUCAAAGAUUCCCACGUACCAGGCGAUGUUGAUCUUUUGGCACAGUUGAAGAUUCCAAAAGACGUCUGCAUUCCACUUGCACUUGAAGUUAAUGGUUCAACGUUUGAUUCACAAUUCUUAACGGAGACCAAGAGAAACGCCAACAAGAAGUUCAUGGACAUCUUCUCUCGACUCGUCGCCAGGUCAUCUGUAGAAAGUAACAGCAACUGGGGAAUGUGUUGCGAGUGUCUGGCAACUGAGUAUGGUGUUGGAAAAAGCACUUGCCAACGAUGUGUAUCUGCUGAAAUGGCAAGCAUGAUUUCGACGGACCUAUCAGGUGUGAACAACUGGCAAGCUUCCCGUGCUCAAGAACGUGUCCGAAAGCACAAAAGAAGAGGACUAUAAUAACUAACUAUUUACAAUUAUCUUCACACAAACUAUAUUAUUUAAUGUAAUUUUGUCUAAUUUUUAUUUUUAAAGAAACUCAUUAAACUCAUAUUUUAGUGCUACAUUCUCAUUUUUUUAAAAAAUUUUGGUUUAUAUAUGAGUUGCAUUUGCACAUCUCCAUUUCAAGUGCAGAAGAAAAAGUAUUCUUGGGCAUUUUUGCUUACCUGCAGGAAAAUUUCUUUCACAAUUAUGCCCACAUUUCUUUUUUGUAUUUAUUUCUUUUUUGUUUAUAGUGUUUAUAAUUAGUUAUGUGUGAAAUAAGUGUUCGUCUCUGUGUCUGGAAAAUUCUAAAAGUUCGGGAAGACAAAAUGUCGAAACCUAAAUUUCCAGCAAUCAAGAAUGCGUACAUAUCGUUUCGUCUCAAAUUAAUUAUAUUUGGAAAAUAUUAUCUAUUAUUAAUUCCAUUGUGAAGGGAAUAUGUAAAAUUAAUUGAAUUGAGCUUUCGAAUUUCUGAGUUGGCACUGUUUGCUAUGAAAAUCAUUCUUCAACAUUUACCGAUGUCCUCAAAUGCUUUCAUGUGGCUGUUUCUCUGAGGAUUUAAAUUUACUCUGUAAUAUAAAGACAUUGCAAUGGACUUCCAAUAUAAGUGCUUUUCAUCAGUGAGCACGUGUUUAUUUUUCGUAUUAUGUGUAAUGUAAUUAUAAUGAUCUUUAUUUUGUAUGUAUUUCCUUAUAUUAGUGUGUACAAAGAUUAAAUUCCAAUGAAAUAAAGUUGCUGCAGCAAUA